AUGAUUAUCACCAUGCUUCCGCUGCUCGCGGCCCUGGCCGCCGCCUCGCCCCUCGCCCAGGAGAUGGUCACGAAGCAGGCGUUGAGAAAGGCCCCCGGCGGCUGGGUGCUCAAGGGCUCCGCGCCGGCCGACCUCCAGAUGAACAUGCACAUCUCCCUGAAGGAGCAGAACAUGGACAAGCUGCAGCAGCGGCUCCUGCAGAUCAGCGACCCUGGCCACUCUGACUACGGCAAGCACAUGUCCAAGUCGGACAUUGAGGCCCUGACGGCGCCCUCGAAGGCGAACAUAGGCGUCGUCAAGGAGUGGCUCAAGGCGCACGGCGUGCAGGCUGGCGAGGUCUCGAGCGGCUCCAUCGCCAUCACGGUGACGACGACGCAGGCCGAAGAGCUGCUCGGGGCCAAGUACGGCGUGUACUACCACGCGCAAAAGGGCGUGUACACGGUGCGCACGACCAAGUACAGCCUGCCCAAGGACGUGCACGACGCCGUCGCCAUGGUGCAGCCGACGACCAUGUUCAGCGACAUGAACAUGUCGGACGGGCGCGUCAAGGCCACCGAGAUAUCGCAUGCCAGCGGUGCGAGUGAUGCCGCCGCCGUGAACUGCGACAAGGGGCUCACGCCGCCGUGCCUGAGGGACCUCUACAAGAUCGACUACACGCCCCAGGACAACAAGACGACGAUUGGCAUCACGGGCUAUCUCCACGAGGUGGCUGGAAAGGCGGACCUGCAGUCGUUUCUCCAGCAGUACACCAGCAUCCCGUCGAACGCCACGUUUGGCGUGCAUCUCGUCAACGGGGGCACCAACGACGGAAACGGCACCGGCGAGGCCAACCUCGACACGCAAUACGCCAUGGGCCUGACGUACCCGAUCCACAACGACUUCUACUCGACGGCCGGCUCGCCGCCCUUCAUCCCCGACGCGAGCACGCCCAACAACACCAACGAGCCGUACAUCGAGUGGCUCAACUACAUGAACGGGCUGGACGAGGUGCCGACCACGGUGACGUCGUCGUACGGCGACAACGAGCAGACGGUGCCGCGCGACUACGCCGAGAACGUGUGCAACCAGUUCAUGAAGCUGGCGGCCCGCGGCGUGAGCGUCCUGGUGAGCUCGGGCGACGGCGGCGUGGCCGGCGGCCAGACGAGCAAGUGCGUGAGCAACGACGGCAAGUGCACGCGCAAGUUCCUCCCCACGUUCCCCGCCAGCUGCCCCCUGGGCGUCACCGCCGUGGGCGGCACCACCAAGAGCAACCCGGAAGUCGCCGCGGGCCUCUCCUCGGGCGGCUUCUCCGAGUACUUCCCCGUGCCCGACUACCAGGCCGCGCAGACCAAGGCGUACAUCACGGGGCUGGGCGACACGUACGCGGGGCUGUACAACGGCGGCGGGCGCGGCAUCCCCGACGUGGCGGCGCAGGCGGAGCGCUUCAUCGUCGUCAUCGGCGGCAAGAGCUACCUGCUCGCCGGCACGAGCUGCUCGGCGCCGACGUUUGCGUCGGUCGUGGCGCUGCUCAACGACUACCGCGUCGCGAGCGGGAAGCCGCCCCUGGGGUUCCUCAACCCGUGGCUGUACGGCAAGGGCUUCGCGGGGCUGAAUGACAUUACGCAGGGGACGAACCCCGGGUGUGACACGGAUGGCUUCUCGGCGGGCAAGGGGUGGGAUCCGGUGACGGGGCUGGGCACACCCAACUUUUCGGAGCUGAAGAAGCUCGUCUAG